GGCUUAUACAUUGUGCUUCCACUCCUGUAUAUAGUCUCCAUGGCCAGAAUAGUAAACAGAACAAAAUGAAGACUGCAGAAGGAUCUGUAAUUGUCAGGAGGACAAGAUCUGGAACAUCGGCAAAAGAUUUUUAUAGAUGGCCAGAUGAGCCUUUUGAAGAAAUGGAUAGUACAUUAGCUGUUCAACAAUAUAUUCAACAAACUAUUAGAACUGAUUCAUCAAAUAUUGAUUUCAUUCUUACAAUGCCAGAAUCACAAGAUGAAGGAGUAUGGAAAUAUGAACAUCUCAGACAAUUUUGUAUGGAAUUGAAUGGUUUAGCAGUAAGAUUGCAAAAUGAAUGUCAUCCAGAAACAUGCACACAAAUGACAGCUACUGAACAAUGGAUUUUUUUAUGUGCAGCACAUAAAACACCAAAAGAAUGCCCUGCAAUUGAUUAUACGAGACAUACAUUAGAUGGUGCAGCUUGUUUAUUGAACAGUAACAAAUAUUUCCCAAGCAGAGUUUUUAUUAAGGAUUCAUCAGUUGCUAAACUUGGAUCAGUAUGUCGCAGGGUUUAUAGAAUAUUUUCACAUGCUUACUUCCAUCAUAAAAUGAUAUUUGACGAUUUCGAGAAUGAGACUUCAUUGUGUCGUCGUUUUACAGCGUUUGUAACAAAAUAUAAUCUGAUGUCAAAAGAUAAUCUAAUAGUACCGAUUUCAGACGGUGAAGGAAUUAUUGAUAAUGAAGCAUAACGUCCUUAUAUGAAUCGAAUGUUUCAAACAAUGCUAAUAAUAUUAGUUCGUUAUUUAUCUAAAAUCCACUAAAAUUAUUUGUUUUAUUUGGCCAAUAAAAACUUCUUAAAAUAUAUCAAAUUUUACAUACACACACGCACGUACGCGCACACAUCAGUUUUCAUGUCACCCUAUCAUUUCAUUUUAUAACACUUUGAAGACGUAUAAUA